AUGCCCGCAGAUCCUCCACCUGUCAUGUAUAUCGGAAUGGAGGUACUGAUCGCCCUUUCCUCAGUGCUGGGGAAUGUCAUGGUGGUUUGGGCAGUGAGGAUGAACCGCUCGUUACGGGACACCACUUUUUACUUCGUGGUCAGCUUAGCCUUGGCGGACAUCGCGGUCGGCGCACUGGUCAUUCCUUUAGCCAUCACCAUGAGCAUCGGCGUCAACACGCACUUCUACAGCUGUCUGUUGGGCGCGUGCACCGUGCUCGUGCUUACACAGAGCUCCAUACUCGCGCUUCUAGCCAUCGCCAUCGACCGCUACCUGAGGGUCAAGAUCCCCAUCAGCUACAAGCAGGUGGUGACACGAAAACGAGCUGGGACAGCAGUGGUCUUGUGCUGGUUGGUGUCAAUCAUUGUGGGAUUGACUCCCAUGUUUGGCUGGAACAACCUGAAGGAGCUUAAAAGCAACGACUCUUUGGGUCCCUAUCUAAACAUAACCUGUGAGUUUGAGAAGGUGAUCAGCAUGGAGUACAUGGUCUACUUCAACUUCUUCGGCUGGGUGCUGCCACCUCUUGUGGUCAUGCUCAUCAUUUACACUGAGAUUUUCUACAUGAUUCACAAGCAGCUCGGUAAGAAAGUGCACGGCAGCCAAGCUGAGCCCAGCCGCUAUUACGGAAAAGAGCUUAAACUGGCCAAGUCUCUUGCACUGGUUCUUUUUUUGUUUGCUGUUAGCUGGCUGCCUCUGCACAUCCUUAACUGUGUAACUCUUUUUUGCCCCAAGCUGAAAAAUAAAAUCCUGAUCUACAUUGCUAUUCUGCUUAGUCACGGCAAUUCAGCCGUCAACCCGGUUGUGUACACUUUCCGCAUUAAAAAGUUUCGCAGCACUUUUCUUAAUAUUUGGAAGCAGUAUUUUUGCUGCAGAGAAGUGACUCACCCGUUUAGUCAAGCUAUCCAAAGAAGGAAGAUCAUGGAAAAGAGGGUGACACGAAAUACUAAUAUUUAACCAACCAAUCAAACCACCCUACAUGAUUGAUUAUGAAUGAACACUGAACUGUU